AUGUCCGACGAGUCUGCCCCAAAUGGCGUUACGAUGCCUACCACUCUCAAGAGAAGCGGGCUGGGCUUGACCGAGUAUACCGCCGCUCCGACGCCUCCCUCUGAACGCUCGCAACCCAGAGCUCUCGGGUUGCCCCCCAACUGGGGCAUCCCUGAUGCCUUCUUGCUCCCUAAUGGAUACCCCGAUUAUCUGCGAUUGAUCUUGACGUCACGGGUUUACGAUGUCAUCGACGAGACUCCCCUCACUCACGCCGUCAACAUGAGUAACCGACUGGAAAGCCGGAUUCUUCUCAAGCGGGAGGAUAUGCUUCCGGUGUUCAGCUUCAAGCUCCGUGGCGCAUAUAACAAGAUGGCUCAUUUGAACCAUGAGCAGCGAUGGAAAGGUGUUAUUGCUUGCUCUGCAGGGAACCAUGCCCAAGGCGUGGCUUUCUCCGCUCGCAAAUUGAGAAUCCCCGCCACCAUUGUCAUGCCCUCCGGGACCCCGGCCAUCAAGCACCUGAAUGUCGCUCGCCUGGGAGGAAGUGUCGUCCUGCAUGGAAAUGACUUCGACGCUGCAAAGGAAGAGGCACACCGUUUACAGAAACAGCAUGGCCUGACCAACAUCCCGCCGUUUGACGACCCAUAUGUUAUUGCUGGCCAAGGCACUAUCGGCAUGGAGCUCCUGCGCCAGGCCAACUUGGAUAAGCUAGAGGCGGUCUUUUGCGCCGUUGGUGGUGGUGGUUUGAUUGCUGGUAUUGGUGUUUAUCUCAAGCGCAUUGCACCGCAGGUGAAGAUCAUUGGUGUCGAGGCAUACGAUGCCAACGCCAUGGCCCAGUCUCUGGGGGCAGGCAACCGUGUCUUCCUCCAGGAAGUUGGCCUCUUCGCCGAUGGAGCUGCGGUCAAAUCCGUUGGAGAGGAGACCUACCGUCUCAGUCGGGAGGUGAUCGACGAUAUCGUCCAAGUCUCCACCGACGAAACCUGUGCGGCCAUCAAGGACGCCUUUGAGGACACACGAUCCAUCAUCGAGCCUGCUGGUGCUUUGGCGCUCGCCGGUCUCAAGAAAUACAUUUCUCAAAAGCCCAGCCCCGAUACCAGUCGCGAGUUGAUCGCCAUCACCUCCGGUGCGAACAUGGACUUUGACCGACUGCGAUUUGUUGCCGAGCGUGCUGCCCUCGGUGAACGCAAAGAGGCCCUCUUGAGCGUGAAGAUCCCCGAGAAGCCCGGCGCUUUUUCCAGGCUCGUCGAAGUCAUUCUUCCGCAUGCCGUAACGGCAUUCAGCUACCGAUACGCACGCGAAUCGUCGGCCGAUGUCUUGAUGGGCAUUUCGCUUUCCGCUCUCACUGGCCGCGAAGACCUGGCCAAGAUAAUCGAGGAACUGACCAAGGGAGGCAUGGACGCCAAGGAUUUGAGCGACGAUGAGCUCGCAAAGCGACACCUGCGCUUCCUCGUUGGUGGACGCUGCGACGUGGCCGACGAGCGGCUUUUUAUGUUCGAGUUCCCUGAGCGACCGGGGGCUCUGGCCAAGUUCUUGACCACCCUCCGUCCCAACCAGAACAUUUCUUUGUUCCACUACCGCAACUACGGCGGCGAUGUGGGCAAGGUCCUGGCUGGCAUCCAGUGCCCGGCAGCCGAAAAGGAUGAUCUCGAAGCCUUCCUUCGGGAUCUGGGCUAUCCGUUCAGCGAGCACACCGACUCGCCUACCUACAAGACUUUCCUUCGCUGUGAAUGA